AUGAAGGGCAAUGGUGGGUCCAUAGAGCGUGUGGGGACGAGCAGUGGCGGUGGCAAUGGCAGUGGCAGUGGCAGUGGUGGCGGGAGUGGUGGUGGUGGUGGCAUUGGUGGUGUCGGAGGCACUGGUGGGAGUGGUGAUGGUAGUGGUGACAGUGUUGGUGAUGGCAGUGAUAAUGGUGGUGUUGGUGGCAGCUGCACUAGGGCUCAAGGGGCAGGCACAGCAUCGUCGACAUCGCCUGAGCAGCGGCCUCCCUCACCACCCCCUGCUCGAACUCGCUCAGCUGCGGGUUCCGUGAGGCAAGGUUCCGCCGCCCAAUCGUGUGGUUCAGCUGCUCCAACACCGUCGCCACGUUCGACAAACAACGUCCUACACCGCGCAUCCGCUGCUCCCACCGGCAAAGGUCGAAGUAGCUCGGCUCCUCUCCCCACUGCCGGCCCCACACGUCCAGGUCCGGCUGCACGCCCCAAGGUGGGUAAGGGUCCCAGUGAGGGUCGGGAUCAGGAGCGGUUGGUGGACGCUCAGGCGAAUCCCAUCCACGGGGGUAGGGGCGACGGGGAGGAGGGAACCAGAAGGCAGUCUGCGGGACGGUUGGCACGAGGGGAUGCUGACGUCGGGGUUGCUGCCAAGGAGGUAGCGCCGGCGGAGCAGGGUCUUCAACAAGCGGCUGUGGAGGAGCGACGGGAAGCGCAGCUGGUGCAGGAGGCGCCGUCUGGGGCGGCGCGGACGCGAGCGGUUGCGGCAGCGGCGGCGCUGGGGUCUCCGCCGGUGCCGGCGGCGACGGCGGCAGCGGCGGGGGUACAGGCGCGGAAGCAGUUAACUGCGCCACCGGCUGAAGGGCCGUCCCCGACGCCGACGAGGUCUGCUGCAGCGACGUCGCAGACUGGGACAUUGGGGGCGGGAGCUGCAGUGGCUGGGACUGCGCCGCCUGGUUCUGAGGGGACUGACCCAGUGGUCGGAACGCCGGCAGCCCAUACUGGCGCUGGGGACGAGGCGGGCGGCGGCGGCGGAAGGAUUGCCCGCGAGGCCGUAGUUGGGGAGGUGCCCGUCCUCGAGAAAAGCGGAGCAUCGGUUGGCGAGGAGCCGGUGAGGGAGGAGGAGGCUGGGCGACAGCGCCGCCAACCCCGGCCGCAACUACAUCCGCGGCGGCUCGGAGCAGGGCUGGGACUUGCCCGCCCUGGACCCCUUGCGGGAUGGGAGCAGCAAGAGGACUUGCCGGACGGUCCGGCUGCGGGGGAGGACGUCGCUUGCCCGUCAUCAGGAGUUGUGGCGGACGGGACGCAGGGUGCGGGGGCAGAUCUAGCGGUGGGAGCGGAUCUCGAAGAUGUUCUGGAACGCCGCGGCGAGGCCGCGGAACGAAGGCGACAGAGUGGCACGAGCCGUCAGCGAGCGCUGCAGGACCAAGCCGAUGAUCGCGCGGCAGGACUGCAGCCGACAAACGCGGCGCCAAGGGCGGCGGGGAGAGGCCGAGGGAGGGGGCGGAACGGGGGGAGAGCGCGCAGAGAUCUGGCGGGGGCUGUGGCGAGAGAGAAAGCCAGAUCUGGAAACUGGCGGGAAAGACACGGGAGGCCAGAGGAGCAGGGCGAAGGUCCAAUGAAUGAAGGGGAAGGGGAAGAGGGGUCAGAAUAUAUGGCCUCACAAGAGGCUGACUCAGAGGAAGAAUCUCUGGAUGCCGAACAGGGGGUACCCAUCCCAGCCACAGAAAGAGGACAGGGCUCUGGACAGGGGAGGAGGGAGGGAAGGGCUGACGUGGGGGAAUCUGCACCGCAGCAGCCCAACGUGGCUGCCAGCAAGGAACGCAAUCCCAGCGUGGUCGUGGACGAUGAGGACAUCUGGCAGAGGAUUCACGCAUGGGACCUGGGACCACUCCAAUCCAGUGCCCAACCCUUUUUGGUUCGGAAACUCCCGCCCGAAAUUCUGAAUGCAUUCUGCCGCUGUUUAACACUCCCACUCCUGCGGCUGUCAAAGCACCCCAACUGCCUCGGCGCGUGGCGACUCCUCCAAUAUCUACCGAGGCUGAAACUUAGGGCGAGCCUGGAGAAAGUGCCAGGAAACAGAUGGGCAGAGGUGGAGAAGCGGCUUCGACAGUUCCGAGAGGAGGAAUGGGACACCCUUUACCUGCAGGCCAGCACCUUCCCCGCAAAUUCCAAACCCAGCAGACACGAGCCCGACCCAGAAGGCAUUUGCGCCAGGGCUGAGGGUUUGGUCCGGAAGGCCAACCUCGCGAAGGCUGUGGCGGCGUUACAAACAACACCACUGGCGGAACCAUCGCUAGCGACGCUGCAAGCACUUCGCUCGAAGCACCCAGAGGCGGAGUCGGCGAUCCCCGCAGGGGCGGGAGGUUACACCACUUCAUCGCUCGCCAUCAGUGCAGAGUCCUUCCGCGAGGUGUUGGCGAAGUGCCCGAAUGGAAUCGGGGCGGGCCCGUCUGGCACAUGUUUCGAACACCUCCGUGAUCCAGCCCUAACGAACGGGGAGAUCUUCACUCUACUGCACGGAACGGUGAAUCACCUGCUUGGCACUUACCAGAGCGAGCAACUGCAUGACCUCGUCCUGCCCGCUAGACUGAUAGCACUCGAUAAGCCUGGGGGAGGCGUGCGACCGAUAGCUAUCGGCGAGGCGAUACUUCGCCUAACAGCUAAGGCGGCGCUUAAGGAACUGUCGGCAGAGAUCCGCGCGUACUUCUUACCAGUUCAGUUUGGCGUUGCUGUCCCAGGAGGAGCAGAGUGCAUCAUCCACACGGCGCGCACGUUACUCGCUGAGGAUCCGUCUCGGAUAGCGCUCCAGCUAGACAUUGAGAAUGCGUUCAACUCGGUGGAACGCGGGUGUUUCCUAGAAUCUAUGCGCUAG